AUGAAUGGCCACACGCAAAAUCCCCGGGGACAGCACUCUGCUGGAGAUCGAGAUAGCUAUGAACGGCUGCACAACGACACUUUCACUCAGACGCAGACAGCAGCUGGUAUCAAGACCUCGUCACCCACAAAACGAGCCUUUGCACCAUGCCUGGAUCACGACACGUCUGCACCUAAGAGAGCACGUCUACCAAGUCAAGUCGACAAAGACGACGCUAUUUUCAUACCGCCAACUGACCUACUAGAAACGCCCUUACACCAUCCUCGUCCAAACCGGCUUCCAUCGCCUCUUGCACAUCCUCUUGACCCGCUGGACGCCUUUGUGUCGCAGUGGUUACAGACCGUUGGAUCGUCUGAACGCCAGCGCAACUGUCGUUCUGCCUCCUCACGCAGUCCACUACGAGACGAGGAACAGACCAAGCUUGUCGAAGAAAAGGCGACGGCCUACGACAAGGUCAAGGACACACCAAAGAGGCCACGUUCUGCACCACCAGACCUAAGUCGAAAGGAUGCCGACGGUUAUACGAUCCCGCAGAUCCCAGAGUCAUGGGCCCAUUCGACCGACCGUUCACGCAAAGGCCCAGGGUCUGUCUACACCGGCGAUUCUUCGUUGCCGUCCGGGCCGCGCAUCCGUGUUGACGAUGCAGACUACCGGGACGUGCUGGAGCACAACAACAUCCACUUCCGCGACGACUGGGAACCCUUGCCCGACCAUGUCGAGACGCUCGUGGCGCGGAUGCGCAAGAAGCGCGACUCGCCCGGUCCCACCGAAGACGAGGUGCUCCGCGACCGAGAUCGGCAGACGCUGGUGCGCGGCACCGGCGAACCCCGGGUGGCGGCGUACUACACAAGGACCAUGUUCCCCGUGGCGGGCGCGGCCGAUGUCCUGCAGGCGAGCGCGCGCAUGCCCAUGAACCGCCGGGUGGUCCCCUUUGCGGCCGACGGCCCGCGCGGCACGGAUGCACUGGGUUUGCGUGCGCCGCGGUACUGCACGCCCACGCCCGAUCUGCUGUAUGGGUACAACAGCGCCAAUGCCUUCCCCGACGAGGACCACCGAACGCAUCUGUUUUACACGGACCACGAGGUGCGGGCCACCAACGAGCCCGACACGCUCGUGUAUCCCUUCCUUGUCGUUGAGUUUAAAGGCGUGGAUGGCAACAUGCUCGUGGCCGACAACCAAUGUCUGGGCGGCACGGCCACCUGCAUCAGCCUGGCCGAGACGCUUAAUCGCCAGCUGCGCGCCUUCAGCCGCGACGCGCAGGUCAUCCACGCCGUGGAAAGCUCGGCGUUCAGCAUCGCCAUGAACGGCGCCGACGCCCGAUUGUACGUGUCGUGGACGCACGGCGACCGCGUCUACUACACGCAGACGGUCCAAGUCUUCCACAUGGGCCGGCCCGACCAUUACCUCGACUUCCGUCGCAUGGUCCGCAACAUCAUCGACUGGGGCCGCAACGACCGUCUCAGGGCCGUCCGACAGUCGCUGGAUGCCAUUCUGGAGGAGACCCGGAAGCGGUACGCAAGCGAAUCCAAGGCUUGGCAGCGCUCACCAGACUCGGCAGGGAGCCCCUCGGGCAGGGUCACGGGCAGGGUCACGGGCAAGGAUCAGCGGCAAGAGACAUAG